UGUCGAGCCGCGAGCAUCUCCCGCACCGAGACUCUGAUACCCCGUUAUCGUCUCUACCCUCCGAUCUAUCUGUAUUCCAGAAACUUUUUUAUCAAUUAUUUUCUCAAGAUCUGACGCAUUUGAUGCGGGGCGAUAAUCCUCGAUUGGGGUUCCGCCGUUCAUUUUCAAUACUUUUUUCAUACAUCGGGGCCUGAAAUUGAAAAGAAGGACAUCAGUCCUGGUAGCCUUCAUCAGGAAUUAGCUGCUGCGCAUUCUGCUCCUUAUGACUCACCAAAAGAGACGAUGAAGAACAAAAUGUUGUCGCGAAAUUUUUUCUCUCUUUUCGGCUCCGCUUAUGACGCGUAAGAACAUUUUUCCCGCAUGUCAAAAAGCCCGGAAUGUGCACCGGCCCCCCUCAAACAUCUUCAUUUUCAACCCCCGUGCUCUUCGACUUAACCGCAUGAACUUUCAUCAUCAUCUAACAUGCCCGAUUGAAGAGUGCCGGCGAGUGGACCAAACGAGUUUUCGAAUGACGCGAAUGAGAAUGCUUCUUGCGUUUUAUUUUUAUCUUUCAUUCAUCUAACAACAUCGAAGUGCGAGUGGUAAAUAGCUGGGAAUGUUGGUGAAAAUACGACCGAGCAUCGGUUUGCCCGCAUGGCAAUGCCAACCGGAUAUGAAUGACCACGAGAAAUGCACGGUGUGAGAUCGAAAGUGGAGGAAAUCAAAAUUAUGCGAUCUAACUAUGAAGCUGAAAAUCUGCGUUCUCCUACUUUUCGGUUUUCUACAAAUUUCAAAAAGCUUCGACAUGUCAGAUUCGAGAGAGGAAGAGGACGAGGACGAAGCCGAAGAGGACGACGACCCGAGCUAUCACGAGGAGGAAUACGACUACGAGGACUAUGGCAGUGCGACAAUCGCAAGUGACGUUGAUCUCAUUUCCGGUGGCUCUUUGCCGAUGUUCCUGAUCGAGCCGAACGACUCGUUCGUCGUUAAGGGUCGUCCCGCCACGCUGCACUGUCGAGCUGCUCAUGCUCUUCAGGUUUAUUUUCGCUGCAACGGAGUACGAAAUGAGGGCCUGCAUCAGGAUUUCGUCGACCCGAGAACCGGGACUAGAAUCAUCGACGUCGAACUCAACGUAACCAGAAAUCAAAUCGAAGAAUACUUCGGGAAAAAAAAAUUCAAUUGCGAGUGCGUCGCGUGGUCGGGUUCCGGUGAAAUACGAGGACGAGCAGCGACUGUCGAAGUUUCGUAUUUGAAAAAACACUUCCUGUCCCCACCGUACUCGAUGUCCGUUGAGGCUGGAAGAAACGCCGAAUUGCGAUGCGUCCCACCGCUGGGAGUACCCCGUCCAAAUAUCUAUUGGCUCAAGAAUGGUUCUCCCAUCGAAUCCAUCGUUCCACCGAUAUCGACGAGGUCGCCUGGUCUGGAUGGUGCACCGGUAAGAAAUGAAAUUUCUUCCUCGUCGAUCGAUCUCUUACAAUCCGCCGAAGAAGGAAAUCUCGUGCUUGGCGUUGCCGAGCUUCGUCACCAAGCCAAUUACACUUGCGUAGCCGAAAACUUGGCUGCUCGGAGGCCCAGCGAACCGGCCGUUCUCACUGUUUACGUUAACGGUGGUUGGUCAUCCUGGUCCGGCUGGUCCGAAUGCAGCGUACGAUGUGGCCGCGGUAUUCAGAGGAGAACCAGAACUUGCUCAAAUCCUUCACCCAUCAACGGAGGACAAACGUGCCCUGGACCAGCCACCCAGAGAAUGGAGUGCAGUCCAUCUUGUCCAGCGGUCGAUGGCAGAUGGUCAGCGUGGUCAGGAUGGUCAGCCUGCGGUCCGGACUGCUUGAGGGUGAGAAAGAGAUCCUGCAAUGAUCCACCACCGAGCGACGGGGGACGGAUUUGCCCGGGCAAAGAAAUCAUCGUUGAAGAGUGCUUCAGCGAUCGAUGUGCCGCAUUGAGUCAAGAUGGACCUCGAGUUUUCAAAGAGGCAACGACCUCUAUCGAUCAGAAAAACUUCCUCGCUCUAUGGAUCUCUCUCACCCUCGCCCUCCUCGUCCUCGGACUCGCAACACUUUUCGUCGUCCGAUUGAUGCGACGCAAGGAACGAAUAAACUCCCUUUACGGUGUGGCCAGACUGGACUUUCGACAUGCUAAUAAUCUUGCUAAAUCUGUCGUGACGAGGGGUGAACGGGCUGCCCUCACCGGGCGUGAUCAUCUUGGCAGAGGCGAGACCGAAGUCACCAGAAUGCCGAGAUCCUUCUCCGAGCAUCACUACGACGUGCCCCAAUUAUCUCUUCCAUCAACGAACGGUCCUUCGCCCAGUUCUUCGGCGGGAAGUCGCUCGACUCGUUCAAUCUGUAAAACUCCACAAAGACCGAGAGUUUCCUCAGAUAUAGAGGAAGCUCAUCCGCCCCAGAAAGCAUCUCAGUCCCCGGUAUCAUCGUACCACCGUCAAGGACGUCAAGUGUUUCUGCCGUCCAUUGGAACAAAUUGGAGAAGCGAGAACUCCGAGAACACUUGCAACGAGAAGCAGGAGGAGGAGGAGAAACACGAAUCGACGGAAAACUUGAAAUUGGUAAUGAGCGAGGAGGAUAAUCAAAAUAAAGCGAAGCAGCAAAACGAGAAAAAAUUAUCUCACAAGAAGAGUGGAAUUUUCGAGGACGAACCUUCGGAGGAAGUGAUGAGCGAACGGGCGGGUGGUUCUGUUGUAAAAGCUGCGGUCGAUGAACAGGGUGCUCUCUUGGUUGUGCCGGAAGCCGGUGUAUCUAUGUCGGUGCCGGAAGGAGCUGCAUCUCGUGGUCGUCGACAGAAUCUCUAUCUAGCCGUUCUCGGUGAAGAUUGCCUCAAGCCAAAUCUACCCUCAACGAUGACUCUGCUAUCGGGGGUCGUGGCUUGCGGACCAUCCAAACUGGAAUUGAUCAAACCGAUGAUAUUGCAGUUCGAACACUGCGCCGAAUUGAGAACCGGAAAUUGGGAAUUGAGCGUGUGGCAUUGUGAACUUGAUCUUGAAGCUCGAUGCAAUGGCUUCUCUUCUCUCUCAUCCACCUCGACCAUUUCAUCAACAUCGUCCAUUUCUAUUAUCUCGAAAUGGCACAAAGUUCUCACCCUCGGUGGCGAACCAACCAAUCUGCCGGGACAACCUUUUGCUCAAUUGGAUCACGCCGGAGUUUUCCUCGUUACCGAGACGCCAGGAGCUUAUGUGAUUGCCGGUGAAAGUUCCGUUGUAGCACCUGGACUGGCCAUCAAGAGAAUAUCAAUCGCUGUUUACGAGUCGAAGGAUCGGGAUCUCGUUAGGUGUCACGUUGUCGAGGAUACGAGAGCCACCUCCAAGGUCAUCGAAGAACAGGAAAAACGUAUCGGUGGAUCACUGAUCGAGCGUGGCAUCCUGAGUUAUCGCGCAAGUGGUGCACCACUUUGCAUCGAUCUCGAGGAUCGUGAGAGCGGUUUCACGGAUCGCCAGGAAGUCCCAUACCGGUUGGUAUGGUCAUCCUCCAAGACGAGUCCCUGCAGAACUUUCAAGAUCGAGAGAAUCACGAGUGAUUUAAGACUGGGCUUUGAGCUCCGAGCGUCGCAACGCGGUUUCGAGGAGCACGGGCUCGUUCUAAGGAUCGAUCUCGAUCUAACUACAAAACAUAGGAGCUCGCUCGGAGUCAAGAAAAACGAGAAAACGGAGACGAGUGUGAUCGUUAGUCGAGCGAAGAAUGGAGGCCGGGUGAACGACGCGGUGGUGCCAAAAACUUUUAGAUUUUCAAAGACUCUGAGAAGACAACUCUGCCAGUGUCUCGAUCCGCCAAGUAUCCGAGGAAACGACUGGCGCAUGCUCGCUCAACGUCUUCAAGUGGAUCGAUACGUGGAUUACUUCGCAACGAAGGCCAGCCCAACGGAGCACAUUCUCGAUCUGUGGGAGGCGCGGCACCGCGAGGCCACGGCUCUGGCUGACCUCUUAAACCACUUGAGGCUUAUGGGUCGUGUCGAUGCGGCAACGGUCCUCGAAACUCGUUUAGGGCCUUGGAUAUGAUGAGCCGAAUGUUAUCCAAACUCGAUCGCGAGAAAUCCCCGACGGGCGAUUACCAAAAAAAUACUCGGAUUUGAAUAAACAAACACUUUUAGGAUUACUAUUCGUGUAACUGUAAAUAUACAACGUAACAAAAAUUAGUGUCGAAUGAUUGAUGUAUUAGAAAUUUUUUAAUUAAGAUGGGUGUAGCCGAUGAUUCAGUAGAUCACUAUAACCAAGAUGCCAAACGUAAAAGCCAAAUGAAUAUUGUUUUUCUAUUCCUCGGCGUCCUUGUAUAUAAACGAUUAUUUACAUAAAAUGUUUAUUAUCGAUGAAGACAAUAUAAAAACGUGAACCCUUA